AUGGGAGCACCAGCAUGGGGCUCGCGUGGCGGUGAUCGGCCGCGGCUGCUGCGCAUGACGCCACUGCGGCACAGCUUCGCCGCCCCCGCCACGCCGCCCGCUCCUCCCCCGCCCCGCUCACACGACUACGCCUCCGACGCCGAUACUAAUAAGAAAGAAGAAAGCUGGAAUGCGAACUUAUCCCAAAGAUGGAGAAAACUACGUCGACGUUGUUCGCGAUUACGUCCCGGUUCUGGUAACCGAGAAGCAAGCCCAGUGCGAUGUUCCCCGUCCCCUCCGCGCCCGCCACCACACUGUUCGCCCGCGCCGCCUUCAAAACUCUCAUUCAGACAUCGUGGAAAAGUUUAUACAACGGCUUCACUGCGUGUGACCAGCGGAGCUCCAGAUUUACUGCGAGCCUUGGGCAAACUAGGUGGUGGAUUACGUCGUCGAGCCCUUUCCGCGCACGAUGUCCUCAAUCCUCCACAACAACAGCCAGCCACGUUUUACGUUCCAAGUCCAACGGUUGAGAGGCAAACGUCUUCACCGUCACCACAAAGACAGUCGGCUACGUUACGCCGCCGCUGCAGUUCACCAAAUGUAUACAGAGCCAAAGACUCAGCGGGACCACGUGACCGCACUCCACUCAUAAGCCAGAAUGAUGAAAAUCGAGAUGUUGUUGAUUACAGUUAUGGUAUGGACCGUAGAAGAAAUUACAAGGAAAGUCGAAGUAGACCGUACAGUGAGAAUGUAGAAAUGGAACUACCUUGCAGGAACGGUUAUAAUCGACUUCCAACAAAUAUAUCUGAUAGACUGUGGGAAGAGCCUUACAGGUUACCACGAGUACAAGCGCGACAAGAGCCAAUUCAGCAAUUACGGAAUGGUGUUUCUGAGUUAAGAGUAAGUGCUACUCCGCGGACACCGAGACUUCCACCCGCGCCACCAACGUCCGGCCAAAAGCUAGGGAAACGGCCACCCGCUCCUGAACCACGAGAUGCGCACACUUUCGAGGUGCGUUUCACAAAAUCAGCUGGGGGUAAGGGCCUUGGCUUUAGCAUUGUUGGCGGUCGCGACUCCCCACGCGGUGACAUGGGCAUCUUCGUCAAAACGAUCUUCAACAACGGCCAAGCAGCUGAAUCCGGCCUACUGCGAGAAGGUGACGAAAUAUUGUCGGUAAACGGAAGAGGAACCGCGGGGCUAACUCAUGGAGAAGCUAUCAGGUUAUUUAAAGAUGUUCGAGCGGGUCCAGUACUUAUACGUGUAGCGAGGAGGGCGCCGGCUCGCUGA